CUACACCGGGUGUGCCAGAACAACCAGCCCCACAACCUGGCGCAUUUGCCCAUGUAAAUGGCUCUCAACCCAACGCAGCUAUACCUAUGGACGGCACUACGCUAAUUCACUCCACGAGGACUCCUCCUGUCCUGCCAUGGCCUGACAUAGGCAGACUUGCUCGUUGGUCUGUCUCGUCAUACAAAUUCGGCUUUGGCGCCGAGUGCCUUCGGGAUGGAGACCCUGAAACGUUCUGGCACUCUGACGGUCCGCAGCCCCACUUCAUAACCAUCGAGUUCCCUCGCAAGGUUGCCAUACAGAAAAUCAGCAUUUACCUCAGCUGGCCGCAGGAUGAUUCCUACACGCCCUCCACAAUUGCUGUCCGAGCGGGCACGGGUCCAAGCGACCUGCAAGACGUGCGAGUUGCAACGCUGGACAAGCCAGACGGAUGGAUUACCUUUGAUGUCUCCUCAGAACCUGAUAACGAUGGCUCCUCCCUGCAUGUUGAUAAACCUCCUGGUCUCCAUCCGAAACCUAUUAACGCAUACAUUCUGCAAGUAAUUGUUGUCGCCAACCACAUGAGCGGUAAGGAUACACACAUUCGAGGCCUCCGAAUUUUGGGACCUAUCGAAGAAACCACGACAGACGAGGAUCCAUUCCCAUUCGUUUCACAAAAGUUCAAGAUGUACGAAACGAUACGCUGACAUUACAGAGAAGAGCUAUAGUCUACAAAAUCCUAUACACAUACCCAGUCACUUAUGCCAUCUAAAUUACCCG